UCCUCAGGGUUUGGGCGCUGUUGGCGGCCGAUCUGGUUUUAAGGAGAAACUCCCAGUCGUUUCAUGUCGAGAGAUUUGAUUACCUAUAUUGUCACUUAUUCGCCCUCAUUUUUCAAAAUAUAUCAGAGAACUCCGUAUUGAAUUUACAGCCCUUUUAUCUAUAUUUGGAUAGCUUUGGAUAUUUUCUUGAUGCGGAGCGCUCUUCUCUAAGGGCGGGACAUGGCACCAAACGUCAUGACGAAUGGAUCCAACGGUUCGAAGAGUAACUACUCACGGACCAUCUAUUAUGGGACAUUCCUCCAUCUUCCGCGCGUACCUGAUAUUUCGGCAACGCCAAACUCACCACCAAAGUAUCGAUUGAUUGUCAAUCAUGGUGCUUUGUGGGUAAAUGAUGCGACUGGGAGAAUCGAGGGAUUCAACUGGAAUUUGGAAAACGAAAGUGGAUUGUACGACUUUAUUGAGAGAAAUGGUUGGAAAUCAGAUGGAAAGGGUCAUCCAACAGAGUCUGUGCGGAUAGUGAGGCAGAGACACGAGAAGAACGGGUUCUUUUUCCCCGGGUUUGUGGACACUCAUAUCCAUGCACCGCAAUACCCAAACUCUGGCAUUUUUGGCUCGUCAACGCUCCUGGACUGGUUAGAAACCUAUACGUUUCCGCUGGAAUCAUCGUUUGGAAACAAAGAAACCCCCGAGCUUGCUCCUCAAAGUGCACACACCGCAUAUAACCGUGUAGUAUCCCGCACCUUGUCCCAUGGCACCACCUGUGCCGCCUACUUCGCUACAAUCCAUGUCCCCGCUACCAACCUGCUAGCGGACAUAUGCCGUUCUCGCGGCCAAAGAGCAUUUAUAGGCCGUGUUUGCAUGGACAACACCGAAACAUGUCGUGAUUACUACCGGGACGAAUGUUCCGAGCAAUCCAUCACUGCCACGAAGGCCUCAAUCGCCCAUAUCCGUUCUAUAGAUCCAGAUGGUCACCUCGUCCGGCCAGUCAUCACACCUCGUUUUGCGCUCUCCUGCACUGCCCAAGCCCUCUCCGAACUCGGUGCACUCGCUGCGUCAACUUCGCCGCCAACCUAUAUCCAAACCCACAUCUCUGAAAACAAGGACGAGAUCCAACGCGUCCUAUCCCAAUUCCCGGACUGCAGCAGCUACGCAGAGGUAUACGACAAAGCCGCAUUGCUCACCCCGCACACCAUUCUCGCGCACGGUAUCCAUCUAACCAAGGCUGAGCGGGAUUUAAUUCGUUCCCGCGGUUCGUCAAUAUCCCACUGUCCUGCGUCAAACUCGGCCAUUGGCUCUGGAUUAUGCCCUGUCCGGACGCUACUGGACGACGGCAUACCUGUGGGUCUGGGAACGGAUGUAAGUGGAGGUUAUAGCCCGAGUAUACUUGAGGCGGCGAGACAGGCAUGCCUGGUGUCAAGGCUGCUUUCAUUCCAAAACGGAAAUUCUGGAGAGAAAACAUCAAAUACCAGUGGGCGGGAGAAAUUGAGUGUUGAAGAGGUGCUCUAUUUGGCGACGCGUGGUGGGGCUAAAGCAGUUAGGAUGGAGGACGAUAUUGGUGGGUUUGAGGUGGGCAUGUUGUGGGAUGCGCAGAUGAUCGAGUUGGGUGCGAUCGUGGGAGAGGACGAUGAUGGUGAUGAAGGUAAAGGCAGCGUGGAUCUUUUUGGAUGGGAGAAUUGGGAAGAGAAGCUUGCGAAGUGGAUGUGGUCUGGUGACGAUAGAAAUGUCAAGGCCGUGUGGGUGGGAGGACAGCUGGUCCAUGGGAAUAUAUCCGACAGAUGUACCCCAUAAGACCCAGCUUUUUCGGGUUAUUUGCUUGGAAACCAUCCCUGACACAUGGAGUAGAGGAUUUCUGGUUGAUUUGAUAAUUAUUUUCGGAUACUCUGUCAUUGCGAAUAGACUGCACCAUACAUGAGUAUGCUAUUAGAUAAUAGUGGCUAUAUAGAGCACAAUAACUCCUUCAUGUAAUUGACUAUAGCCAUAUA